AUGGAGACCCUCCAACACCUUACACACUGUCUCCUCGUGCUCCUGCAGCAGCAGCAGCAGCAGAAGCAGCAGAAGCAACUGCAGCGGCAGCACCAGCGGCAGCAAGUGCAGCAACAGCACCAGCGGCAGCAGCAGCAGCAGCAAGCGCAGCAGCAAGAGCAGCAGCGGCAGCAAGUGCAGCAGCAAGAGCAGCAGCAGCAGCAAGAGCAGCAGCAAGAGCAGCAGCAGCAGCAGGAGACGGACUGCUGUUUGUAG